UUCUCGCUUUACUCGGAGCAGAGCCCUAGGAGGCAUGGGGAGCUGGCCAAGGCUCCCUAGAGCGCCUUCCUAAUCCUUGGCCUCUGUGUUCCUUGGGAAUGCUGCUGGGUUUCUGCUUCUGGUCUGUGGGAGCUACAGUGGAUGGGCGUCUGUGACAGCACGAUGGGACUGAGUGUCACUAUCAUGGUGAUGGCCCUCCUGCUCUCCGGUGCUGCUUCCCUGAAGACACAGGCUUAUUUCAACAAAACUGCGGACCUGCCAUGCCAAUUCACAAACUCUCAAAACAGAAGCCUGAGUGAGCUGGUUGUGUUUUGGCAGGACCAGGAGAGGCGGGUUCUGUAUGAGCUAUACUUGGGUAGAGAGAAGCCUGAUAAUGUGGCCUCUAAGUACAUUGGCCGCACAAGCUUUGACCAGGACAGUUUGACCCUACGGCUUCACAACGUUCAGAUCACGGACAAGGGCUUGUAUCAAUGUUACAUCCAUCACAAAGGGUCCAAAGGAAUGAUUCCGUUUCAACAGAUAAGUUCUGAGCUGUCAGUGCUUGCUAAUUUCAGUCAACCAGAAAUAGCAUCAGCUUCUAAUAUGACAAUAAACUCUGGCAUAAAUUUGACCUGCUCAUCUGUACAAGGCUACCCAGAACCUAAGAAGAUGUUCUUUGUGCUACAAACUGAUAAUUCAACUACUGAGUAUGAUGGUGUCAUGCAGAAAUCUCAAGAUAAUGUCACAGGACUGUACAGUGUUUCCAUUAGCUGGCCUUUCACAUUUGCAGAUGAUAAAACAAAUGCGACCAUUUACUGUGUUCUGCAAACUGAAUCCAUGGAGGCACACUCUCCACAUUUCAUUAUAGUGCCAGUGGACCCCCCUGUGCCUAAGGAGAGCUCAAGAGUUUGGAUUGCAGCUGCGAUUGUCACCUUGUUCGUCGUGGCCGGGAUCGUAUUCUUUCUCAUUGUGAGGAAGAGGAACAUGGAGCAGCAGCCGGGUGUCGCCUGUGAGUGCGAAAUCACCAAAAUGGAAAAUGCAGACAAUGAGAAGAUGGAGGAAAUAGUAAAAGUCCAUGAACCUGAAAAAUUGGACAAAACAGCCCAGUGUGUUCACCGUUUGAAGACACCCUCAAGUGACAAAUGUGCCACACAUUUUUAAUUAAUGUGUAAAAGAUAUAUUCAUAUCUACUUUUUAUACAGUUUCCUUUACAAGUUUUUGAUGAAGAAGUUUUUGGUGUCUCCCAGAAAACAAAAAUACAUUACCACUCAUAAUAGCAGGAGCUCCAGGACUUAUUGUCAAUGCAACAGCCUCCCUAUAGUGCUAGCUCUGUUCCCUAUGCCAGGAGCAGAUUUUAAUUCUCCAACUGCUCUUUUUAAUUUCAGAGCACACUGUGGGCCAAGUCCUACUGGGUCUGAUUUGGGGAAAAUGUUUAGGACCCUCUGUUUCAGGUUGAAUUCCUCUCUUAAUUUUGUAAGUCAUGUUUCUAUAACGAACUCCCAGCUCCUAGAAUACUGGCUUUUAUCUGCUCUGAAUUGUAAGAUGGUGCCUAAUUUCACCUUCUAUGCCUGAGACUGAACAUCUACCUCUUUGGUCAGUUGGGAGUUAUAUACUAUGACUUGUACUGUAUUAGUAUUAACAUUUUGAAAUACUACAAUCAUGUGACUACCAUGCUCUGAAUGUCUGCUCCUGAUAUGGAGUACCUAUCCCUUGGUCUCAUGGUCAGUCAGGGAAACAGUAGCCUGGGAUACAGGCAGAUAUGAGCGACCUACCCUAUCUAUGGGAAAUCAGGAACAUCAGUGAUGGAAUUAACUCUGGUCCCUGGAGCCACUUCUUUCUGGUCUGUAUCUAAUGGUGAGAAGCAUCCAGCUUCCCACCAAGCUUUGAAUAAGCCACAGGAGAGAGCACUGAGCAAAGGUGGGAAGUGCUAGAUCAUAUCAGGGGAGCCCACAGUCCAUUCUUGAAAAGGUGACGCAGGUGAUACAUCAAAUACUCAGAGGAAAAGAGUGGGAAGAGCUCAACCAACUGAGGCAUACUGCUCUACCUAGUCUUUCUAUAAAUCUUGGAAUAAGCAGCAGAGAGCAUCUGCCCUAACAAGCUGAGGUAGCAGCUUUCCUGGUGAUUGGUACAGGAUUUUGAUGACAUCCAAGUUUUGUUGAUGAUGUUUCAUCUGACUGGAAGUUAAGCUGGGCAGGGAUGCCUGCCAUUUAGACAAUGGGAUGAGCUGAAGGAGGCUGAGGAGCCUGACAAUACCCAGGUAGGAGAAAAAGCUGGAGUGGAAGAGCAGGACACCAGUUACCCAGAGACUUUCUUGGUCUGCAGAUUCGGAAUGGUUCAGAAUAAAGUUAGUGCACUUUGAGUUUGAGGACUGUUUACAUUCAAGGCAAAGACACAAAUACUGUACACAAGAGAGGAUUAGCUUGGUGGAGAGGAAUUAGCAAUCUCAGUUCCCAAGGCAGCAUCAGUAAAAGAUAGAACAGCCUCAAUUCAAACCUAAACAAAACUUUGGGAGGUCCAGGUCACAAAAGUAGUUCUUUAUAUUUUACAUAAAGGACCUCUGAGGGUUGUAGACAGCUUGUGCUAGUCAUGCACAUCUCUUGUAAAAUUACCGUUUGUGCUCCCUACCCCUGCCUUUGUUAGACUUCUGGCACCUGGCUGGUUUCCAACUUGCUCUGUACAUAGAUUGUCUCAAUAAAAUUUUAUGAAAUGUACUGAGUCAA